CUGCGGUUUGAAUUAGAUACUGUCCCACAAGUCCAAGACUGGUCAACCUCCCUCCACUAUUACCGCUGUGAGGCCUUUGUUGACUUGCAGGUCCUUAACUUUGGCAUAUGAUGGGAAGGGAUUGUAUCAACCAAAAAUCUUUGUGGCUGGGCGUUUAGGGUGAUCCUGCAUAGUAGAAUUGGUUAUGAACCAACUGAAGCAAGUACACGCCCACACUCUCAGAAAUGGCAUAGACUUCACCAAACUCCUGAUUGCAAGGCUCGUUGAAAUCCCAAACAUACUAUACGCCCAGAAACUAUUUGACAAAAUUCCUGAACCAACUGUCUUCCUCUACAACAAACUCAUUCAGGCAUACUCUCGUCUGGGACGCUACCAUCAAUGUUUGUCCCUCUACAUUAAAAUGUGCCUCCAAGGCUGCUCGCCAAAUGCAAAUUCAUUCACCUUCCUCUUUGCCAGUUGCGCCAAUCUUUCCACUCCAUACCAGGGCCAAAUGCUCCACACCCAUUUCGUCAAGUCAGGUUUUGAAUUUGACGUCUAUGCUUUGACUGCCUUGGUUGACAUGUAUGCUAAAUUGGGCUUGUUAAAGUUGGCAAGAAAACAAUUUGAUGAGAUGAAAAUAAGAGAUGUGCCCACAUGGAAUUCCUUGAUUGCUGGAUACGCAAGGUGUGGGGAUACAGAGAGAGCGUUAGAAUUGUUCUCGGCAAUGCCUUCUAGGAAUGUGAUAUCAUGGACUGCAAUGAUAUCUGGGUACUCACAGAAUGGGCGAUACGAAAAUGCUUUGGCCAUGUUUUUGCACAUGGAGAAAGAGAAAGGAGUGAGGCCUAAUGAGGUGACUAUUGCAAGUGUACUUCCAGCCUGCGCGAAUCUGGGGGCAUUGGAGGUUGGGCAGAGGAUUGAAAGCUAUGCUAGGGCAAAUGGUUACUUCAACAAUUUAUUCGUGUGCAAUGCUCUGUUGGAAAUGUAUGCGAGGUGUGGUGAGAUCGAUACGGCAAUUCGGGUGUUUGAUGAGAUUGAUAAUAGGAGAAAUUUGUGUUCUUGGAAUACCAUGAUCAUGGGUUUGGCUGCCCACGGAAAAUGCAAUGAGGCUCUAGGGCUUUUCCACCAAAUGCUGAGAGAAGGGACAGCACCAGACGAUGUCACAUUCGUGGGAGCUAUAUUAGCAUGCACUCACGGGGGCAUGAUUGAAAGAGGCCCAGAACUAUUCAAAUCAAUGGAAAGAAAGUUCUCCAUUACUCCCAGACUAGAACACUAUGGAUGCAUGGUCGAUCUCUUGGGUCGUACAGGAGAACUGCACAAAGCUUACGAUCUCAUACUAAGUAUGCCAAUGAAACCCGAUUCUGUCGUAUGGGGGACUCUGCUGGGAGCAUGCAGUUUCUAUGGGAAUGUUGAGCUGGCUGAGAAAGCAGCUGAGUCUCUCUUUGAUCUGGAACCAUGGAAUCCAGGCAACUAUGUAAUACUUUCCAAUAUUUAUGCAAAAGCAGGACAAUGGGAUGGAGUUGCAAAGUUGAGGAAGCUGAUGAAGGGCUCGCAAGUUACAAAGGCAGCAGGGUAUAGUUUCAUUGAAGAAGGUGGUCAAAUUCAUAAGUUCAUCGUAGAGGAUAGAUCACAUCGAAGAUCUGAAGAAAUAUAUGCAUUAUUGGAUGAAGCUACAACAAGGAUGAAGCUUCAGGGAAAAACAUCUGAUCUAGAUUUUGUGAUCGAAAAAUUAUGAAUAAGGACCUGUAAGAACAAAAUCUUGCAAAGUACCUGCUGG